UGGUGGCCACACUCCGUUUUCAAUAUACAGCGAAAAAAGUCGAGCGUGCGGGCGAGCGCAGCAAAAUAAUUAAACACUCCCCGAAAUAACACAACUAAACUAGUGCUAAACUAACCGAAAGUGACGCCGAACGCCGCGUUCUCAACAAACCCAAGCGAAAUGCGAUAGGCGAGCGUUUAAUUCAGCAAGCGAAGGGGCGCAAAAGGCAUAGCAGCUCCGAGGCGUUGGCCAAAAAGAAGAAAAGCGCAAAAGAAACGGAGAAACGCAGUGUAAAAGAGAGACGCGAAGAAGAGAAGAGAAAAAUGCAUACAGCAGGAGUGGUGGCGAUUUUUUAAUCAAAGCUGGCUUUUCAAAGCUGCUCAUUUUGGGCUAAAAUCUGGGACUGCGACGCGAGAGUAGGUGUCGAAAAUAAAGUAAAAAUAAUACAAAAAAAUAAAUAGUGAAAAUCUGAAAGAUAAUUUCAGCAUAUUGGGCAGGCGAACAAAUUAACAUUCCAGUCAAGUGAACAUGUUUGUGGCCAGCAUAAAACCAUAAAAUCUGCCGAGCACAUUUUCCACUGCUCGCUGAAAAACUCGCCAGCACAUACAUACACGCACACACACGCACGGAAAAGCAUACAAACACAGGCAGGCAGGGAGGCAGGAAAAUCGCGUGAAAAAAUCAUGUCCAGCUGGGCAGAACGCGUCCAUAGGCGCGCCGCGGAUUUGGGCAACGUGGUGACCUCCUGCGGCCACCCCGCCACCGCACCCGCCUAUCCGUACCGCCUCGAAAAGGUCAAAUUCGGUGUGCCGCUGGAGGAGGUGUGCAAGCACAACAACAACAUUCCCGGGCCCCUGCUCGUCCUGAUCCUCAAGCUGAACAAGGAGUCACCGAACCGCCGCGAUGUAUUCCGCGCCCCCGGCCACCAGGGCGCCAUGAAGAAGCUCAUCCACUUCCUGCAGGCCGGUCGGCUGGUCAACGUGGACAACUAUUCGGUGUUCACCAUCGCCAGCGUGCUCAAGAAGUUCCUGCGCAAGAUCCCCAAUGGGAUAUUCGGGCGCAGCGGCGAGAUGGAGCUGUUCGCCAUCAACGAUCUGCAAAACGAAGCCGAGCAAACGGAGCGACUGCACAGACUCUUCGGUUCGCUGCCGAAAUACACACAGCAUCUAUUAGUUCUACUGUUCGGCACAUUCCGGGUUAUCGCGAGCAAUGCGGCCCACGCGUCCACCGGAAUGACCAGCGAGGCGCUGGGCGUUUCCGUGGCCCCCAGUUUCUUUCAAUCCUGCGUCAGCGAUGGCAAAACCGCCCGCAUGGAGGAUGUGCUCAAGUUCAAGGUCUCUACGAAGAUCAUGCAGAAUAUAAUUGAUAAGUUUGCCACGCACGACAUCUUCGGGCGCGACAACUACGAGUACUAUGCCCGCGUCACAGGACGCAUUCUCAAGGUGCAGGACGAGUGGAUAUGCAGCUUUCAGUAUCCACCACCGCCACGUGGCAAGUUGGCUCAACAAAAAUACGCAUUGCAACAUUCUUUGGAGGCGGAGAAGACAUGGCUGCAGUGCCAAUGCGAGCGUUGGGGCUUACUGGCCCAGGAGGAGUCCCGCUCGACGCCCGCCCUGCUGACCAGCUCCAGUUCCGCAUUGGAGAACAGUGUCCUGUCGCUGGGCGUUUCCCCCGAGCACUCGUUCAUCGAGAGCUGCGCCCGUCUCUCAGUUUCGCUGGAGGGACCUGGCAUUUAUGCCAUGACAUCGUCGCCGUUGCCGGCGAAGCGGAAUGGCAAUGGCAACGGCAAUGCCACGGACUACGACUACGAUGACUAUGCCGACGAUGAUGACAACGAUGAGCUGGACGGCGUUCACGACUUUGGUGCCGAAUUGGAGAUCAGUAGCAUAGCUCCGCCGCAGGGAAGUCGUGGCAUCUAUCGCCCCAAGCAGCGAGUCCAGCAGCAGCCACACCACUACCAACAGCAGCAGCAGCAGCAGAUGCCGCCUCAGCACCAGCGGGACUACGACGAGGACGACGACGAUGAUGAGGAUGAGAUGACGUUUGUGAAGCGCCGGUAUCGACAGAACAAAAAGAAGCCAGCGCCGCCGAGCAGCAGCCAACAUCAGAGGCGGUUGCGCACUGGCACCAAGAGUCUCGAUGGCGGAGGGGAGAGGCGCACGGGAUCGGGAGCAGCGGGAGGAUCCGGAGGUGGUGCUUCAGGCUCAGCAGUUGGCAAUCCCACGCCUCCCAAGCUCAAGCAGCGAACGUGCAGCCGCUGCAAUCGAGGCAUUCGGCACAGCAGCUCGUGCAGCUCCAACUCCGCAGGAGCAACUGGCUCGAAUAGCGGAGGAGGCGGCAACGGAGGCUCCGGAGCCGGAAACGGAGGAGGCGCCGAAGGCGGGAUGACCAUGGAGGAGCUGAGGGCCGUCAACCGAUAUGCGGAGAGCACCAAGAGCCUCUCGUAUCUGCCACAGGUCCAUGAACGCCAAACCGCCCGCAUGCGCACCCGCUCAGAGUGGUUCCUGGGUCCCCGGGACGCGGUGGUCACGUUGCAAUUGCCGGCGGACACGUGCAGCAAUUGCUGUCUGGCCGCAGCCGCUGGAUAUUUGGGUGGCGGCAGCACCAGGGACAUGCGACAGGCUCAAACGGAAGGCGAGCGGAAUCAGGCGGCCUUGCUCUAUCACUUUUACCGCAGGCAGCAGCAGCAGCAGCAGCAGCAAGAGCAACACUAUGACGAUAUGAUGGACACGGAGGAUAGCUACGGACAGCAGAAGGAGCAACAGCAGCAGCAGGAGCAGCAACAGCAACACAUACAUUCCAAGGGUCUACUAAGACCACCGCCGAUGCAACAUCAGCAUCAACAGCAGCAGCAGCAACGUCGCCUGCUGCUGGAUGUCAAUUCGGGUAGUUAUAACGCUGGACUAACUACGCUCACCACCAACAACACUCAUUUCGGCGACGAUCUGGCCAACUAUCUACACGAACCGCUCAGCAACACAUGCUACUACUCCAGCCAGUGCUUGAACCGGCUGCCACCUGUUGUCGUUGUGCGCGAGGAGCAGCAGCUGCCGGAGGUCACCGAUAGCGAUGGCGAUGGCGAUGGCGACUCCCUUGACGGCGGUGCUUUGCACACCCUGCAGGCUCACGAGUUGCAGCAUCACGUGGAGCCCAGGCAGGCGGCCAUGUUGCUGCUGCGACACUCGACACCGCAGCAGCAACAUCGCAUCAGCAUGGCCUCGUCCUUGUACCAAUCCUUUGACGUGACCUCCGCCGAUCUGAGCCACGGCAACGACCACAACAGGAGCGGUCACAAUAAUAGCAAUAAUAACCACCACAACAACAACUUUGCCACAGUCAUUUUCAAUGUUUUGGACUUUUUGUUUUGAUAAGAAAAAGAAGAAAGCAGAGAUCAAAUGCGCCAGCUGAACAAUCGGAAUGAAAUGUCUUGUGUUUUGUAGCUACCAAUUGCAUCCAAUCAUGAAUUUUUUGCUUAUGUCCAACUAAUGCUGAAACAUACAUACGUUUAAGAUUUUCAUUUAUUUUCGUGUUGUUGAAGAGGAACUCAGUGUUUAUCAUGCCUAAGUAUUAAGAUAUGGAAUCGAAGCGUAAUACGCAACUUAAUUUUAAUUUUCCUAACCCAGCAUGAUAGGCCAAGAUUUCCGUGUUGCCACCGCCAGACCAUCGGAAUUUUGUUAAGUGUACCUUUAAUUUGUAUUAUCUUUGAUUUAUCUAUCAGAUAGUUUAGUUAUUUAUUCGUAUUGUGUACUUUGCCUUCCAUUUAUCCAUUUAUGAUUUUGCUUUGUAACAAUAAACAUUUUUAUUUAUUUAUACUGUGUAUAACCGAAAUCGAAAUAUGUUGAAAGCUUUUUGUGUUGUUUUUGUGUGUUUUCUACACUCGAUAAUACUACACUAUACACACUCCGAUAACGUGUGUUGUACUUGUUGUUGUUUCAUUUUGCCUACUAACCACUAGUUUUGUGUGUUUCGUCCACAUUUUGUACACUAAUUGUUAACGUUUUUGUGAGUUGUUGUGGUCGGAACGCCCACAGAGACGGUCAGCAGCAGCAACAACCACAGCAAACCAGAGUAGUAAGCCAUAUAUAACACAUCAAGAAAGCGCCUCAACCACAAACAACACCAACAUUUAUAUGCUCUACUACUCCCAGACCUCCGAAUGAAACAAAUGAACUCAUCAGCAAUAUUAUUUCUCCUCUUUUUUUUCUUUUUUUGUCCCAACCUUAUGUCCGAACCCGAUUUUAGUUGGCAACAUCCGUUUGAGUAACAGCGCCGAGUCCAUUCAGUAUGCAGCCCGACGACCUGUCGCCAGUCUUGGCCUCAAUCCCAGCCUCGGAGG